UCUACAUAAACAUUUUAAACAUGUCGCCACUUUUAAAAAUCUGUGGUACGAUUUUCCCCUUAUUUUUCGUGUUUCCUGUCAUCCUUUCUGCAUCAGUUACUGAAUUAUCGGAUAAUUAUGUGCAAAAAGUAGGUGAAGAAGCUCACUCGAUAAAAUUUCGCUCAGCCAGAUUUAUACAACCAGAGAAAAUUCCGAUAUCCAAUAUCACCUCAGGUCUUUACUUGAUUGAGCCACUCGUGCAGUAUCAACACGUCGCAAAUACAACGUUCAUUCGAGGUUCUGAAUUUACCUCGAUUACCAACCAGUCAACGUCCCUUGUUCCCUCCUCCGGUUUCGUAUCUUCCGUCUUCCUCGCCUACAAAAACCAUCACAACCUCGUCAUUCGUCCCGACGAUAUUUGGACCGCAAUCCUAAUCCAAUAUUCGUACUACGUAAACGCCCACGCGGAAGAGUUGCGACCCAAAUUUGUCAAUUUUCCAGGGAAAAAGGCUCUAGGUGUUACGUACCUCAGUUCCGUUUCGGCCAUCCCGAUUGAGGACUUUAUCUCCAAAAUCGUCACCCAAAUUAAGAACCACACCCACCCCAACGUGACAAAUUGGCUCUUCCCAAAUUUCUCCACGACCACCCCUCAAGAUUCUGCCGUUGCUGGGGCAGCAAUAAUGGCCACGAUGAAAUCUUACUUUGAAUACAAUAUGAGCACAAUUUUUUGCGGCAUACCGGCCAUCACGGUGAAAGGGAGUGGGCAAGAUUGGCGAAAAGUAAGGGACAAAGUUUCCCUACUGCCGGCCUUUAGCCGAGAAAAUGAUACCCAAAUUGCGGCCUGGACGCGAGACCUGGUCAAAGUUCUGGAUCAAUUUAUUACCCUAACAGAAACGAAAAUUGUGAACGUCCCGUUCUGGGAGGGAAUUGUGAAACAUCGAGUUUACGGCGGUUGUGGUGCGACAACUUAUAUCAACGGAUGGAUCACGUUAUUCAGCGUGUUUGAUGCUGACGGUAAAUGGCAGGUGGAGUCUUGGCGAGCGGAGACGUUUGAAAUUGGUCGAGAUUUUUGUCCUGUAGGGAAUGGAACAGUAUAAAAUUUUACAAAUCUUUGGCCAACUUUGGAAAUGUCUCAGUUGACCAGGGGAGUAGUGCAGGUGCCAAUUAAGGUCCAUGAUGUAUUUGGCGACGAUGUCGUAAAGUAUGACGCGACCCUGUUUGCGGGGCAUAUUGGGCAUGCCGUGGCAAGCGAUGGCGUCACACUGCAGCCUUUGGUGGGCUGGGGAUUCGCGGUGGUGGGAAGGGCGCCAAAAUAUUUGAAAGAAUUCAGUGCAGCAGAGCGGAUUCGAAGGCAAAAUUUAGCAAAGGUGCGUGUGAAACAGGGUGCACUAGCUGGGGAAGAAUUUACCAAAGGAAUUAAGUAUUUGGAAAACAAGUCGAGUGUCGCUGGAGGAAUGUCGGGACAUUUAUAUAUUUUUGUUUUAUCAAUUUCAUUUAACUCGUCUUCUUACUAAGCUAAUAAAUAUUGGAAUUAUUUACAGUCAUUAAAAUAAUACAAUCUACAGUGCAUAUGUACACUCCGGUCGAUGAUGAUUUAAUACUUAGCAUUUUGUUAAAUUGUAGUUGUCACGUGUAGCCCAGACAAAAGAGGAA